CUAGUGGUUGCAACUUGCAAAUUAGUCUAAGUCCAACUUAUUCUACUGAUAGUCCAAUAAGCAUGUGCUACAUGCAUCAUAUCAAUCCAUGAGAUCUAUCGAUCUUCCCCUGCAGUUGCCUGAGCCGAUUAUAUUAGGGUACAAGUUGUCUUAGCUGAGGUAAUUGUAGGGCCAUAUUGAACAGCACUGCAUACACGCACCAUCAUCCUGCAUAUCUCGUUUAAUUGUGUAUAUAUAUAGCCACAUUAAAGUACACACUUGUGACAAACCUGAUUAACCACACUGCCACAAAGCCAGGAAUCAAGGAGAUGAAGAACAGCAGCAACAAGAGGCCACUAGUUGCUGAUCAAUGGCAUCCUUCUUCUGUUUGCUGCGACCACCGGGCGGCGUUGAGGGAGAUAGCCAGGGGGCAGUCUCUGGUGACGCAGCUCCGGGCCAUCGUGUUGCCGGCGCUUCACUCCGACGAGCGAGGCGACCUCGCCGCUCAGAUGUUGGAGGGCAUCCUCGACUGCUCCAGGAAAGCCAUCUCUGAGCUACAGCUUCAGCUCUCUUCUGAUUCUCCGCAUGAUGAUGAUGGCCAUCUUGAUGACAAAAGGAGAGUCAGGAAGAUUGUUUCCUCUUCUUCUGAUGAUGAUGAUCACAGCAGCAGCAAGGCAGCUGAGGAUCACAACGCCAAGCCUCUUCGCCAACACAAGAGAAGGAGGUUUGGUGAUUCGGUGUCGCUUGAAACUCCAGUGCCACACUACGAUGGCCACCAAUGGAGGAAAUACGGGCAGAAGCACAUCAACAACUCCAAACACCCAAGGAGCUACUAUAGAUGCACCUACAGGCAGGAAGAGAAGUGCAAGGCUACAAAGACGGUGCAGCAGCGAGAAGACCUGCACCAUGCCAACAGCUACAAUGGCGAUCAUCCCGUCAUGUACACGGUGGUCUACUACGGCCAGCACACCUGCUGCAAGGGCCCUGCGGCAUCAGCUGAUGAUCAUGUCGUCGUCGAAGCAUCACAGAUUAGCACCGACAGCCAUUGCCAGAGUCCGGGCAGCAGCAGCAGCGAGCUGCAGGCUGCGGCACACGCCGGUGACAGCAGCCAGUGCAGCAACAUCUCCGUCACCUGUUCAUCAUCAGUCGUCGUUGAGGAUUGCAAUAAGCUUCUUGACAUGCUGCCAGCUGCUGAUGAACUGACCACUGAUGUCUUGUUGUUCGACAUGACUGCAUAUGCACCUUUAGAUUUGGAUAUCAACUGGGAAAUGGAUACAAAUGCUCUGUGGGCUUGAAAAAGUUUUGUAAUUAAACUGAUCUAUCUGUAACACGUCAACAAACGAGUUAAAUUUAUCUAUACCCUUUUGCAAGUACUGAAAA